UCACGUAAGAGUUUGGCGUCUGCCUGGAUCUGGUAUAAAACAAAACAGUGCGACAUAUUGAAACAUUAGUUACCUUCGCACCGAUCAACUAACCAACUCAGUCUCAGAAUGAUGAAGUUCAUGUGCAUCUGCCUCUGCGCCAUUGCCGCUGUUUCGGCCAACUCCUAUGGAAGUGCCCGUGGUGGAUACGGUGGUGCCCCAGUGGGUGCCUAUGCCUACCAGGUGCAGCCCGCUUUGACCGUUAAGGCCAUCGUUCCCGCGUACGGCGGUGGAUACGGCGGACAGCAGGGUGGAUACGGAGGAGAGGAGCGCGGAUAUGGCGGUGGCUACGAGGCUGCUCCCCUGGCUUCGGCCUACAGCGGUGCCAAUGCGGGAUCCGGCUACUCCGGCUCCGGCUACGGUGGUGCUCCGCCAGUAGACCGUCAGGCCAUUGCCCUGGCCAAGCUCGCCCUGGCUGCCCCCAGUGCCGGAGGUCCAGUGCUGUGGAAGGAGGCUCCCCGCUACGUGGAGCCCGUCUAUCCACCCAUCAGCUACGGACCCCAGGAGUACGGACGCGCCGAGAAGGUGAAGGGAGGUUCGGCAGCAGCUGCCGCCAGUUCCGUGGCCGCCGGCAAGAAGGGAUACAAGAGGCCCAGCUACUAAACGAUGAACAGUGAAUUAGAAACAAACUACGAAUUAGGAACUAGGCCAUUAAAAUAAAUGCCAAACUUCAAGACUUA